AUGGCUUCCAUGGAGAUUAGCAACGAACAGGCGGUCAAUUCCGGAUAUGCAGCCGAGGAAAUAAGGAAUAUGUCGAGCACGAUCGCUUCGGCUCCUCUUCCUGAAGCAUAUGACAGCUCGCACAUGACAUUCUUAGCAGACGGGAGGCCAGUUCUUCCCGCGUUUUGGGGAAAUGCCCAGGAAUCCCCUCACAGAGCAGCUGGAGACACAUCAUCUGACGUGUGGAGGGAACUUAACUCGGACUCGCCUUCAAUAUUGCGUCUUCAAUGCCUUUGGGCGUACUUCAACCUGCCUGCACUGAGCCUUGCGGAUAGCGUUGCAGGUGUGGCGUCAGUGGCCGCACAGACAGAUGGGUUCCACUCGGUAGUUCAAGUUUCCUCUCCCUUGUUACACGGGCUUGCCGUCGACUUGCGCGGUGCAGGCGAAGCCUUUGAGAAGGCCGUGCGCUUGAGAGAUCAGCAUAUGAUACCGUCUCUUCUUCUUGUUAGGAACGUUCCUGCUGUGCGUAUCGAAAGGGUGUACGAUGUCUUUGAGAUGGCAGACGGUUUGGAACUUGGAGAAACCUCCGGGUUGUUCGUCAUCGGCACGUGGAUUGUAGACCUUCGGACCUUUUCAGCACUGAGGAUGCUGUUUCGUUCGGAACUGAGACAAUCGCGGACGGUCCAGCCAGAAUACCUUCUAGAGGCGGCCAUGGAGAUUUUUGGAGCUAGCUUUGGGCAGCAAGAAGGCGAAGAUGCGCUUGACUUUGCGCAGCGAGAAGAUGAAGUAACGGGGAGCACAGCCAUACCGAUCGGCUCUGAAGGAACCCAAGAGAGGGAAAGUCCAAGUUCACUUCCUGAAGCAGAGAACAUGGAUGAUGAUGAAGAUAAUAAGUCGCCCCAUCGUUCUCGUGCUACUCUGUACAUGAUCGGAAAGGAUCUUCAGGGGCAUUAUUUGCAUUGCAGUGAAGGAUCGGAUGCUGAAGCUCAAAAACAUAGCCUUGCCGCUAGAGAACCUUCCGCCGACGAUAGUGGAAUCUCUGUGGCCACGAGACUGGAACAAGAAAACGAAUUGUGCCCCGCAGAAAACCCAUCGAAUUUCCCCCACAAUCGAGACUACGACAGGCCGCUUUCAACAGAAAAUACGCACGAGCGUAUACCCCCCGAUUGUUCUCAACUGGAAAGCCAUUUUGAACUGCCAGGCGAUAUACCACCCAUUGUAAUUGGUGAAGAAACUGCAAUUAGGGAGGUCGAACAACAGUCAGCGGAAGCCCUACAAGGUGAAAAGACCACAUUUGCGGCGAGCAAUGAGCAGAGCCAGAUGCAUUUCAAUGCGACCACAUCAGAUGGAGAGCAUGACCUCGGAGAUCCGCUAGUCCAUCAAUUUGCAGUCCAACAUGAUCAUGAGGCUGCAGAUAUUUGCAUCACCAACAAUGGAGGAAAUUGCCCCGUCGAGACAUCAAAUGCCGUAACAAAUGCAUAUGACAAGGCGAUUGAAAAGAAGCUGCAACUCUGGGUUGACACGAAAGGGGAGCCGCAGUCUGAUGAAGAGCCCAUCAACAUGUUUGAAAGAAGUUAUCCGUCACAUGAAUUCGAAUAUUGGGCAGUUGAGGUCAGUUCGCAGCAUUACCCAACGUAUGCCGCACCGCAACACCCGUUGAGCACAGGAUAUUCUAGUUACUGUUGA